GCCCGGGCUGAGGGAGCGGGGCGGGGCAGAGCGGGGCGGGGCGUGCUCGGCCACCGCCCGCCGGGCCGGGCCGGGCAUGGGGAGGCGGGGGCUGGGCAUGGGGCGGCGCGGGCCGGGCGGGCGCCGCCGGGGCGGCCGGCACUGAGCGGCCGCCGGCAGCGCCGCACGGCACGGCACGGCCGGGGAUCCCAGCCUGGCCUGUGCUAUGUGCAUUUGGAGUGUUUUCUCCACUAGUGUUUGCAAAUGAAAAUGGAGGAAAUGUCUUUGUCUGGCCUGGAUAACAGCAAACUGGAGGCCAUUGCUCAUGACAUUUACACGGACCUGGUGGAAGACGCCUGUCUGGGGCUGUGUUUCGAGGUGCACCGGGCGGUCAAGUGUGGCUACUUUUUCCUGGACGAUACAGACCCUGACAGCAUGAAGGACUUUGAAAUUGUGGACCAGCCUGGCGUGGACAUCUUUGGCCAGGUGUACAACCAGUGGAAGAAUAAGGAGUGUGUGUGCCCCAACUGCAGUCGCAGCAUCGCUGCCUCCCGUUUUGCUCCCCACCUGGAGAAGUGCCUGGGCAUGGGCCGCAACAGCAGCAGGAUCGCUAACAGGAGCCGGGUGCCUGCUCCCCACAGGAUAGCCAGCAGCAACAACAUGAACAAGUCAGAGAGCGACCAGGAGGACAAUGAUGACAUUAAUGAUAACGACUGGUCCUACGGAUCUGAGAAGAAAGCAAAGAAGAGAAAAUCCGAUAAGAAUCCCAACUCGCCCCGGCGAUCCAAGUCCUUGAAACACAAAAACGGGGAGCUUGGUGCAAACUCAGAUCCGUUCAAGUACAGCAACUCGUCUGGAAUCAGCUAUGAGACACUGGGCCCUGAGGAGCUACGCACCCUGCUUACCACGCAAUGUGGGGUCAUCUCUGAACACACCAAGAAGAUGUGUACCAGGUCCCUGCGUUGCCCCCAGCACACGGAUGAGCAGCGGAGGUCAGUCAGGGUCUACCUCCUGGGACCCUCUGCCUCACUCCCAGAAGCAGAGGGCAGCAUGGAGAAUGACAGCUUUGAGGUGGCGGAGAGCCAGGCCAUCAUGAGCCGGCUGCAGUGGGAUGGUUCCUCUGACAUCUCGCCCUCGGACUCAGCCUCAUCCAAAGCCAGCACGAACAACUCGGAGUCCCGCAAGACCAAAAAGAAGAAGCCGCACAUGAGCCUAGUGGGUGGUACGCCGGGGAUAAGCUCCAGCAAGAAGAAGAAGCCUAAGCCACCUGCACCCCCCACGCCCAGCAUCUAUGAUGAUAUCAACUGAGGGGCUGCAGGGACAGCAGCUGCCGUGGCACCUACAAGGCCUGACCUGCCUUCCCUCCUCACCCCUGAUCAUCUGGACUCUGGUCAUGCCCUGGGGGAAUCCAGGCGGGCACCUUGUACCCCCACUGGCACACUUGCCAGUUACUGGAGCAUGCUGUCACCCUGCCCUAUCUGUAGGGGGCAGCACUGGGAGCUGGACUGCCCUCAGCAGCCUAAGAGGAGGCACUGUGGAGCUGGAGAACUUUGCUGCCUGUGGGGAGAGUGGGGGGAAGCCAGGCUGGAGUGCCCCCUGCCACCCCCUUGCACCUCUAUUUAUUCUGUGAUUUUACUGGCUGUCCAAUCAUGACUGUAAGGUGGCGCCUGCUGCUAAGCAACACUAGAGACUGUUCAUCAGGGAACGGGGUGAGUGGAUGAUGCCCCAACCGUUGGAGCAAAGCAUGGAUGCAGAGGCUGGGGCAGGCCCUGCUGGACAGCCUUGUGCCUGCCCUUGCUGAAAGGGCCAGGAUGUGGGGAGGCAGGCCUCUGCACUGGACCCCAGGGCUGCUGUGCCGUGCCCCCCCCCUCCCCCCCCCCCAGCCCUUCCUCCACCAGCUGGGAGGGGAGGAUGCCAUCCUUGAGGAGUCUGGGUGUUGGCUCUGAGGGCUUGCCCAUUCUCUUCCAUCAUGCUGAGAGUGCAGGCUGGGGGCUGCAAUAAGAUGUGGCUGGCUCAUCUGUGUCCAGCACCUUCCCUUCCAGCAGCUCCCCUUGUGGCUCUCAUCGUGGUACCUGCUGGUGCUGCUGCUUUCUCCGUGAACCUGCUGUGAGUUUGUUUUGGUACCGCUGGGUGCAGAAUUCCCUGGGCUGGCUGCCCACUGCCUCCUGGUGCGCCCACUGGCCAAGGGAUCCGGUCCAUGGUGCCCUGUUCUGUGGGACUGGUGUGUGUGAGGGAAUGGGGGGUUGUGAUGCUUGCUGCAAGCAUCCUUCAGGAUGGUAGUAGGUGCUGCCUGCCCUUGUGUAUGGCUCUGAGAUUCCAGAGGUCCUGCUCAGGUGCUCAGAGGUGGGGCAGGGAAGCUGCUAUCUACCCAUUCUCUCCUCCCCACCAGCAAGCUCAGGGCCCUUGGGAGAUGCUGGGAUCCACAGGGGGUAAUGGACAAUCCUGGCAGGGUGAGGGGCUUCUGCCCUAUGGUUUGGUGUGGGGGAGAUGUGUUUCACCAUGGGGCACUUCAAGAGCAUAUCCCCAGGCUCCUGGGAGGGUUGAGCAAACACCUCUUAGGUCAAGUAGCUUGGGCUGGCCUGAACUACCCCACACAUCCCAUCCCCCUUCCAUCCCCCCCAGGUGUUCUUCAGCCACCCCUGCUUUUUGGGGCAGGCCCAUUCCCCUGCCUGGGACACUUGGGCCAAGCUGGAACUCAGAGCUGCCUCAACUCCCCAUGUGUCUCUGGCAGGUCUGACCUCAUCCCCUGGGCUGUUUUGCUGCUUAUCUCCCCCAGGGGGGCACCGGUUGCCAUAUGCGAGAUGCCAAGUGGUUGCUUUUGCUGGAGCUCUUCCUCCGUUUUGAGUUCCCACCUGUGCAUGUCCCCCAUCCCCCCCAGAUCAAAUCCGUGGGGAACCCCAUCCCAGACUCCCAUCUCUCUUUCUAUCUCUUCCCUCCUUGCCCUUUCUACCACAUGAUGAUGUGGUACCUGAGUGGGGGUAGCCAAAGCAACUUGGUUUCUGAGACUUAGGGUGUUGGUGAUAAGGACGUGCAAUGGUCCAGAUCUUUUAGCUCUGCUUCCACAAUUCCAUGCCUGCAAUCCCAGAAUCCCCUGUCCCUCUGAAGGCCUGGUUUGUAUCGUGCUAAAUUGUCUGCCAUCAUUUUACAUGAUGCUAACAAGGUAGAACAUGGUUCUGCCCCCACUCCCUUCCCUAGGCCUGGCCCCAUCCUGCGGGAUCAUGCACAGGUUUACUCUUCUGUAUUGAAGGCAACUUUUGGUCGCCAAGGGUCUUGGCAAGAUGGGACAGCUGGAUUGUGUCAGCAGUGCAUUGGGAGCCCAGGAGGAAUAGGGGGCUGCUCCCUUGCCCCACAUAACAAGUGGGCUGCUUGGAUCAUGCUGAGUGAGCUAAGCCAGCUGUAUCCAGACCACAAAGAGCAGGGCCAGGGUGCUCCUUUUGGGGUGGAAGGAGGCAGCUCUGACAGGAAGUGUGUGGCUGGCACAGGGUGGUGCCUUGGAUCCAGUUGGGUGCUCUGCCUGCUGUGGCUACAGUAUUCACACACCUUCCAGGCUUUUUCCUGGCCCAGAGCUGCCUGCCACUGCAGCAAGCGGAGCUGGGGAGGGAGGAAGGGCCUGGCUCCUGCUUCUCCCAUGUUGCCUUAGAGAAAUCCUGGGCUCUCCCCAACUCAUUCUCAAAACAGGUGCUGCUCAGUUGUUAAUGGUAGCAAUUCCCGGCAGCCAGUGAGAAGGACUGGCAAACUGAUUGCAGUGAGGCAGUAAUAGCCAGAACCCUAAAAGGGUUUAUAAACCUCAGGGAGUGGCAGGCAAGCAUGACCUGAUCCCCAGCUGGCCAGAGAGCCUGCAGCCUCAUUGGAUGGCCAGUGCAUGCAGUCAGCACCCAUAGGAAAUGCUGGUUGAGGCCUGGAAGCAGGAGGGGGGGAGGGAGGAGUGCUGCUUAUGGCCCUGCCAUAGGGAAUGAGGCCACUUGUGGGGUGGGUAGGAAGGGGGAAGCUGUGGCUCUUGUGGGAAGGAGGUGGCACUGGCUGAUGCUGGCCUUUGGGGGUCAGGGGUGCAAGUUGGGUUUUUAAUUUAGGUUAGGAAUCAUGGUGCUCUUGAAUUGUAGAUUAACUUUCUGACUGCUGCUAACUGGUGGGAAGACUGCCGAGUGCCAGCAGGAGCCUAUGCUUAUGCUCACCCAGGCUGCUUGGCUGCUGGGACAGUACUGCUAAUGCUCUUCCUCUGCCCUGGCCCCCUGGAGCUGGGAAACAAUUUGCACUUCUGCAUUGCUCUAAGCUCAUAACUUGGUUCACUUUCUGCUUUGCCCCUUCCUAAAUAAGCCUGUGCAGCUACCCUUGGUGUACAACUGUCUGUUUUAGCUCAACCAUGCUCCUCUGUUAUCUUUCCAGCAAGCCUGAAGAGUGCAGCUGCAGCCUCCCUCCAUUCCUGCUGUUCCCAAAGGAGCCAAGCAAAGUGCCAGCCAGCCUUAGUGCUUGACCAUGGGAAAACCCUGAAUGUGGCUUGGCUUCCUUGCUAGAUGCCUGAGUCUGUCCUGUUGCAUGGAUGUUUUAUAGGAUGCAGAGACUGGGAACAUGGUCUCUAGGCUUGUUGAGAGAAGCAGCAACUUUAAUUGCAAGGGCCUAGGUCUGGCUUGGUCUUGCAUGCUGAUUAGAUCUAGAUCAGAUUUGUUGGAGGUGGCAGUGACCAGACUGAAGGAACCUUGUCUUUAAAAAUAUAUAUAAGCAGUGUUGUCUGGAAACAGGGCAAAGAAAGCUUUUUCCUCUAAGCUUAAACUGCUUGUUACCUAAGAGAAUGAGUUGUUAAAAGGCAGGGGGUCCAACUUCCUCCUGCACUUAUUCACACAACCUCCAGAACGGCUGGAUUGUCAAUGGGACUGCAAUCCUUCAAGGACAAAGCUAGCUCAACUAGUUCUAAGCAGGAUCCAUCCACCACCUAGCAGUGUCCAGUCAGUGGUGUACAGUGCUUCAAUCCCUAAGCAUAGAGGUAUGAGAGAACUUGCCAAGCCAGGCCUGGGAGCUAAAAAAUGCAAGCUAGCACUAGCUGAACUACCCCACCUGUUGCUGAAGACUGCUACCGUGUGACUGAGAGGCAGAGAUGCAUUUGUUUUCAGUGCAGCCUUGGAGAAAAUCCUCAUGGCUGUUUGUUUUCUAAUCACAGGCUCUGCAUUCCUCCUCUUAUUUUAAAGGUAGGCCUGCUUCACUUGAAACCCUGCAUUCUAUCAUGAUACCACUCUCCAGAGGGUUUUAAUGUGUAAUAAUGUAAAAGCUGCCCCUGUGUGACUUCCCUACGUGUUCAUGUCAGUGUGGCCACGGGAGGCCCUGGCGCAGGCAGUGCUCACAUGGGGAAGGUGGGGUAAGUACUGUACUGCGUGGUCUUGAAAUGUUUAUUUUUGCAUAUGUAAUCCAUUCUGUACAGGUAGUUCCAACUUUGUAAGAGCUGUGUAUGCCUAUUAGUGGAUUGUGGCUGCCCCUGUAAAUAAAAAUGCAUCUUGACUUGG